CAUCAUGCCAGUGGUACGAUUCUUGUGUGAACAAGGAGGCUAGCUACACUGUAUCAAAAAUAAAACAUGUCAAUGGAUUGCUGCAAUGUUAUUUCGAUGGCGACAGUAGAACCCAAACUCAUCCUUUUAUUUAGCGGGAAACGCAAAUCUGGAAAAGAUUACGUGACGGAUUUGAUUCACAAAAGGUACUAUUGACUGUUAGCAUACUGUACUGUUUACAAACCUAUCAAAGCUAUUAUCGCUGAAUUGAAUACUCUAUCAAAUGUUAUAUUAGUUUAACAAUGUGGUUUAUGUAUAAUUUCUAUCAGACUAGGUCCAGAUGUUUGCUGUAUCUUGCGUCUCUCGGGUCCUCUCAAACAGCAAUACGCACAGGUUAGUAGAGUUGUGUACAGUAGUGCAACAUCAUCCUGGUCGAUCCUCGGUGUGCAGGCUUGUGUUCCAGCUAAUACAACACCUAAUUCAGAUGAUUGAGGACCUUGCCUUGAUGAGGUUAAUCAAUCACACUUAGUGCUGGGCAAGAACAAAAGCCUGCAUGCCCAGUUGUUCUACAAUACCCACUACUAGUGAAUGGAGGAUCACUACCACUGUCUCUCCUUAUUUUACCCACUGUGUCGACAGGACCAUGGAUUGGACUUUGAGGAGCUGUUGGGAGCAGGUGAGUACAAGGAGAAGUACCGUGCUGACAUGAUCCAGUGGGGUGAGAAGCAGAGGGAGAAGGACCCAGGGUUCUUCUGUCAUCUGGCCAUCAAGGGAGCCCAGCAACCCAUCUGGGUAAGAUAACAAAAUUCUCAAAUGAUCCAAUGUUAUGGGGAUACACACUACAAGCCUAGUCCCACUACGUACGAUUUAUGGCAAACGCAAGUCUUUGAGUCAGGUCUUACUGACCAUCUGCAUAUUUAGUGUUGGUGAAACGGAACAAAUAACUUUUCCAGGCACUGCCUAAUGAGCAGUUGAACCAUAAUGUAUUGUGUCCUCUACCAUUAUACCUUCUCUAAUCUCUAUUGUGCUCCAGAUUGUGAGUGACACGCGGCGUCUGUCAGACCUGCAGUGGUUCUGGAGGGAGUAUCCUAAUCAGUCUCGCUGUGUUCGGGUGGAGGCCUCAGAGGACACACGGAGGGAGAGGGGCUGGGAGUUCACAACAGGUACAAUACCUACAUUGAUAGCAUAAUAAUUAGUGGUGUAAUCAUGAUCUUUCAGAGAAAUACAAUACCUCUUCAACGACAAUCAAUUCAACACCACACCCUCUCUCUCUGCAGGAAUAGAUGAUGCAGAGUCGGAAUGUGGGCUCGACCAAGGAGUGGAUUUUGAUUGGAUAAUCAAAAAUGAGGGCGAUGGAUCACAACUGGAGGAGCAGCUUGUUACUGGGCUGCUCUCAAUAGCCAAAGAAAAGGCAAAAGAGGACUGAAGUGGAGGGGACAUUACACAGCUCUGCUGAAAGCUCUUAUUGUUGAAAAGUGGAAUUGGAUAUACAUUACACUAUUUUCUGUGAAAAUCCUAGAACACCUUUGAUACACUGAGGAGCAGCAGAAAGUGAGAAUAUGUAGUAUUUAUUUAUCUACAGUGUUCUGUACUAUCAACUAAGUAGCAGGGCAAGAAGAUUCAAAUCUGAGCAAACACCCAAACGGUAGCUCUGACCGAUGUAAGCGAAUUUACAAGGAUCACAUACAGGUAACUGCCAAAAUA